CGAAGGUGCUGGCGUGAGGCACCCGGGGCCCGCGGACUGGGGGGCGCCCGGGCCCGCCGUCCCCGGCUGCGCCUCCGCGCCUCGCUCAUGGCUGAGGGCCGGCGGCGGGAGGACGACGAGGAAGAGCUGCGCGAGCGCCGCGAGCUUGGGGGCCCGCGCCGCGCCCGGGGCCGUGCGCUCUCGGGCCACUCGGCCGCAGAUCGCAACGAACGAAAUAAACCAGAGCACCGUUCCUCAAGCCAAGGACCCUUAUCAUCCAUUAGAGCAGUCAUCAAGAGAUCUUCUCGGACUUCUAUUCAUGGUGAACUUCAUCGAGACAGAAGGCGCCCAGAGAUCACCAUUGUGGCUGCUGAGCCACUGAGGCCGACCUCGUGGUUCCCUGGAGCGCCACACUCAGGAUUGGGAUUUCCUGCAUCUUCUGCAGCAGGCCCUUGGAGGCCAAAUGAGCUGGUUCCUUCCGAGCUUCCUCCAUCUUACGAACAAGUCAUAAAAGAAAUCAACCAAGUUCAAGUUAAUACCACAAAUAAUAAUAAUGCUGCUGCCACUCCAAGGCACACUAUUACUUCUGCAACUCAGACUGACUUCUCAGAAGAAAUAGACAACAACAAUCUGCCUCAAAGUAAUUCAACACUACAGGCACCUCUCAAGCCUCUUCAGCCUUCCCCAGCAGUCUCAUCCAGCGACCUUCCUGCAAGUGUGGCACCUUUAAUAGUCUUUGAUAUUUCUGAAGAACAGAAUUGUCCAGAAAACUCCAGUGCUCCAAGAUGUCCGGUGCCAAAACCAAGAUCAAAAAGCAACCUCAGACCAGUAGCUAGAGAUACUCACAUUAAAGAACCAAGCCACCAGAGAAUCAGUCCAACCACCGAAAGCUCAUCUCCAGGCCAGCCCCAGUCCCUGCUGGACAGUACCAACAGCUUAGACAGUCAGGCAGUGAUGAACAUUAUGAACACGGAACAAACCCAAACUAGCAUCAUUUCAAAGAUCAAAGCAUUUGAGGAUCAGAAGAGUUUAGAAGCCUUGGGACUUCCCAAGAAACCAGAAGUUGUUCCCCGCACACUGCCCCUGAAGCCUGCCGUUUGUCCAGGGAAACCCUCUGUGGCUCCCAAACCAGCUGCUAAAAGAGCUUCUGGAGAAUGGGACUCUUGGGCUGAAAACAGACUCUGGAUGACAUCCGGGGAAGGGCUCACCCCACACCCUCCACCACAGGAAGCAGGAAACAUCCCAGGAUCCAAACCUGAAUUGCCAAAGAAACCAAAUCCUGGCCACAGAAGAAGUGUUCAUCAUGAGACUCCAGGAGGAGGGCCCGUUGCUGAGGGCCCGGUCGGUGGGAAGAAAGUCCCCACCCCCGCUCCACGACCUCUGCUGCCGAAGAAACCAGUUUCUUCAGAAAACCCCAUCCACCCUUCAGCUCCCCUGAAACCGGUCACUGUUCCUCCCCGACUCUCAGUGGCCUCACAAGCCAAAGCAUUCAGGUCACUGGGAGAAGGAUCCUCAGCCAGCCCUGCAGUGCCAGGUCUGCAAAGCAAGCCCUCAGGGGACAUCGACCUCAUCAGCUUUGAUGAUGAUGUUUUACCCACCCCACCUGGGAACCUGGCUGAAGAGUCUGUGUGUUCAGAGAUGGCUCUAGAUCCCUUUCAGCUCCCUACAAAAACAGAACCAACAAAAGAAAGAGCAGUUCAACCCGCAGCCACCAGGAAGCCCACUGUAAUUCGAAUUCCAGCCAAACCAGGAAAAUGUUUACAUGAAGAUAUACAAAGCCCACCUCCUCUCCCUGCCGAAAAGCCUAUUGGAAACACUUACAGUACAGUUUGUGGAAAAUCUAGUAAUGUUGACAAAGCUAGAAACUUGGAAUCUGAUCACACUGGUCAAACUGGCGGUUUUGUGCGAGGGCCUCCAAGGUUGCCACCGAGACCUGUAAGUGGGAAAGCAAUCCCGACUCGUCAGCCUGCUCCGAAGGUGGCCCCUGAGAGACCACCUCCUCCCAAGCUUGCUUCAGCCAGAACAUCAAGUAAAAAACUGCCUUUUCAUCGCUCUUCCUCUGACAUGGACCUGCAGAGAAAACAAAGCAACUUGGCAUUAGGACUCUCAAAAGCCAAGAGUCAAGUCUUUAAAAAUCAAGAUCCGGUGCUGCCCCCUCGCCCCAAACCAGGACACCCUCUCUACAGGAAAUACAUGCUGUCUGCACCUCAUGGAAUUUCCAAUGAAGACAUUGUCUCACACAACCCUGGAGAACGCUCUUGUAAGCAUGGGGACGAACUUGUGAUGCUGAAACAGGCAGGAAAUAAUGACUUGGAAUGCCAAAAAGGGGAAUUUACCAGCAGAGUUCACCUGUCUCAGAUGAAAAUUAUCAUCCCACUUGAUGAGCGUCUUAGACACAGACCACAUGACCCAAGCCACGCUCAGAAGCCGAUUGACAGCAAUGUUCCUCAAGCUGUUGUUCUUCACGAUUUUCCAGCAGAGCAAGUUGAUGAUUUGCGCCUCACCUCUGGGGAAAUUGUUUAUCUUCUGGAGAAGAUAGAUGCGGAUUGGUAUAGAGGGAGGUGUGGAAACCAGACUGGUGUAUUUCCUGCCAACUAUGUCAAAGUGAUUAUUGAUAUUCCAGAAGGAGGAAAUGGAAACGGGAAAGGAGAUGCAGUUUCCUCUCGUUCUAUUAAGGGCCUGAGAUGUAUUGCUCGGUUUGAAUAUAUUGGAGACCAUAAGGAUGAGCUAAGUUUCUCAGAGGGAGAAAUCAUCACCCUUCAAGAGUAUGUGAAUGACGAAUGGGCCAGAGGAGAACUUGGAAACAGAACUGGGAUUUUUCCCCUUAACUUUGUGGAAUUUCUUGAAGAAUAUCCCACCUCUAGUGCAAAUAUUUUAAACACAAAGGUACCACAGAAGACCAAGAAAGAAGACUCUGGCUCAAAUUCUCAGGGUGACAGUCUUCCUGGAGAAUGGUGUGAAGCACUUCACAGUUUUACAGCAGAGACCAGUGACGACUUACCUUUCAAAAGGGGAGACCGCAUCCUGAUCCUGCAGCGUCUGGACUCGGACUGGUACCGAGGCAGACUACACGCCAGGGAGGGCAUCUUCCCUGCCGUUUUUGUGCGUCCCUGCUCAGCUGAGGCAAAAAGUACAUCUGCUCAAGCUCUGAAGAGGAGGAAGGUCAAAGCCUUAUAUGACUUCCAUGGAGAGAAUGAAGAUGAGCUUUCCUUCAAGGCUGGGGAUAUAAUAACAGAGCUGGAAUCUGUGGAUGAAGAUUGGAUGAGCGGAGAGCUAAUGGGAAAAUCUGGAAUAUUUCCCAAAAUCUAUGUUCAGUUUCUGCAAGUCAGCGAAAGGUGAAGCUAGACUGUGUUCCUUGACACAGAACUCACUUGAACUGUCACUUUGACGAUCAAAUAUGUUUUUGCACUAUUUUUUUAAACUGAAACAAAAAUAUCUGCAAUGUCACUGGUACACUACAGUUGUCUGAAAGCAGAAACUUCUAGGUUUUGUGGCUGGCUUUCGUUCACAGUGGAAACGUGUAGAUGGAAAUCCAUGAGCUACAAUUCUAGCAGGGAAAACAUCUAACAGGCCUAGCUGGCCACUGCCCCCGUGGAAGUGUCUAGGCACAUGGCAGCAAGGGGACACUAACGAGAGAAAGUUGUUUGGACAUCUGUUUUUAGCAGCACAAUGAAUUAACUCUGCUUCUUCAUUUUCUACUUUAGUUUAAAAAGAGUAUAUUUGACAUUCUACUUGCUGAACUAUCAGGAUAUGGUUGGUAUUCUAAAUUCCAUUUUUGAUAUUCAAAUGAAUUCCAACAGCUUGAGCACAUUAGCCUUAUUACCAGGGCAGAUCUGUGGUUCAGCAGGAAUAGUUUAUUAACUAGUUGGAGCAUUUCUAAGUACCAGGUAAAACCGGUUCAUGCUCACCAAAUGCUCCAGGUGUUUCUGAGUGUUUUCCAUUUAUGCAAGGAGUUGCAGGGUAUCCGUGUCUGAUGUGUCUUAGAGACCAGAAGCACCCUGAAAUGCCUUGCUGAUACAACUAACCCUUCUAUACAUGUGCCAUACUUUUUCUUUCCUCAGUAUAUACUUUAUCUUAACAGGGUUAUUAUAAAACACAUCUUCUGAAUUUGCAAUCAUUCCUUUGACAGUUACUGGUACCCAAAGGAAAAUUCAUUUUCUUUGCAUUACCCCAGUAAUACAUAAAAGCUGUGUCUUGUUAUAAUAGUGCAUUAGGAAUCACAUGUAGUGUCUUAGGAUGCAGAUGAAAUGUUAAGAUGGGAAGCAGUGCCAGGCCGCACAGCUCAUCUCUUUGCAAUAUAAUCAAAAUGAAAAGUAAUUUAAGAGGACUGGAGGCAAGUACUUAUUUUUAUGCUCCCCACAUAAUUAUUAGAAUAAAUGAAGAAAUGCUUUCUGCUAUCCAUUGUUACACCUUCCCAGCUUAAGAUAAUGGUGACUGAAUUGACAGUUUAUGGGCUAAAGCCAAAUAGGUUGAAGACAAUCUUCCACACAGAUCAAUGGAACAGAACUGCUUUGGAAAUGUAACACAUUUUCCCAACAAUGUUCAUGACUUUCUUCUGUUUUUAAGAAGAGUUUCAUGUGCUAGACCAUUUUGUAGCUUUUGUUAUUUUUUCCCCUUGUCCACGCUGUUGGGCAGCCAGUGGUCACGCCAUCACACCAUUAUGUGGACACUAAAUGGAGUUCUGUGAGAAAGACAACAUUGACUUUGUCUCUGACUUGUUUAUCUUUCUGUUAUUUGGCUACAACUGAUUUUGGAAUAUGGAAACUUUUUUAUAAAUUAUGUUUUGGGUAAGGAACGUGAAAAUUCUUAUCAAAUUUCACUCAAAAGUGAUUUCCUGAGAAAUGAGUGACAUGAAGUAUUAUCCAAACUAAAUUCUCUUUGUACCUGUAUAGCAGCAGUAAGCAAGCUAUGGAUAUGAAAUGAGGCAUAAAUUAUCUACCUUUGUUUAAUUUCAACAUCUGAUUGAAAGUUGAAACAACCCAUCUUUAUUAGAGAAAAUCGAUUAAACUUUGGCCUUCUGUCAGCAGAAUGAAGAGUGCAAUAGAGUAUGUCUACUUGAUGCUGUAAUAAACUGAACUUUUCAAA